AUGGAACAGUUACUGGAGGAUGGUCCAUGGAUGAUAAGGAAUGUCCCUAUUAUUCUGAAACAAUGGUCAUCGUCGGCUAAUGUGACGAAGGAGGAAAUUACCGAAAUACCUGUGUGGGUUAAAAUGCAUGAAGUGCCGUUACCUGCAUUUACUGAAGAUGGUUUGAGUUUACUUGCGUCGAAGAUAGGAGUGCCUAAGAUGGUAGAUUCUUACACGGCAUCUAUGUGUUCCGAAUCGUGGGGUAGGAGCAGCUUUGCUCGGGCACUGAUAGAAGUUCAUGCUAGCAAAGAAUUAAAACGAAGUGUGAAGGUUGCAAUACCGUCUAUGGAAGGAACAGGUUAUGCCACGGCUGAGGUGAAAAUUGAAUAUGACUGGGAACCGAUGAGAUGUUCUACAUGUUGUGUUUUUGGACAUGAUGACAAUACGUGCCCAAAGCAACCGAAACCAGAGGCAAAUAAUGAUCUUAACAAGAGAAAAGACAACUUCCAGGAAGUUAAAGGCAAAAAUAAGAAAGGAGGUCAGCAAGGUGUUAACGUUAAAACGCAGAAACAAAAAGUGAUUUAUCGGCCGGUGGUUAAGAAGAAGGUUGAUGGGACGACUGCUUCGUCGUCUCGGGUUCAUGUCUCAAACCCGUUUGAUGUUCUUCAGGUCGAUGAAGAGCAGCCGCAUACGGAUGGGUUGAAUGAUAAAUCUAGUGGCCAACCGAAACCAAAAGCUAAAGGAGGUAUGGACGGAUAUGAGGAGGUUAUCGACGAUGGGGUAGAGGUGGAUGAGCUUUUAGGUGAAAUCCCGAAUUACCUAGAUAAGAAACUGGAAAAAAAAGGAGCUGAGGGUGCAAGCACACCCGGAGAAAGGGGUUUUUAA